ACUUUUUCAAAAAGCAUAAUCUGUUAUCGUUAGAGGUGGUUAUUCUUGAAGUGUUGCGUAUACUGAAAAUGUGAAAUCGAGAAUGCCUUCUUCAUGAAAAUCAUAACCGUUGCAGAUGAUGAUCCCGCAAAAAAACGAAACUUAUAGCAGAUUCUUGGCAAAUAUUUCAUUAGUGGUUGCGAAAGUGUCAGUAGCAGUUUAUCUUGUCAAACAGACGCCACCAAGUAUUUCAAGCUACGAUUUUGUCAGAUUUCUUCAGAAUCAGUAUAUGAGAAGGGAGGACGAAAAAGAAGCACUUAUUAAUUAUUAUUUCUUAAAUGAAAAGCAGCCAAGUGACCACAAUUCAAAUUGCGAAAUCAGCUUCAAAAUGGGGACUAAAACAACAGACCUCAGCACCUAUACAGCUUUUAGUUUAAGUCAGCUAAAGAUGACCAAAUUCAAUCUGCAGAAUAUAAUGAUGUUUUUUACAAAUCAAACAGCUAAUCAGUUGAAAUAUUAUUUACAAGAAAUUUUAUCCUCAUCCUACAAUAUCCUUUUUCAUGCUUUUAAAGCAAAUUGUGAGAAAGGAUUGAUUUCUUCAAGGAAACUGAAUACCUUCCUUAAUAUGAAACAAGAUGCAGAGUUUACAUUUCGUUUAUGGAUUAACAAAACAAUGGAGCUGCUCAACGAAAACCCGGAGAGUCUAAUUCAGUGUCUUGAUCUUUUAAGGAAAUUUGUUGUUUCCAAGGGUUUCUCUGCAGAAACAAAUAGUCUUUGGGAUUCAGCAAUACUUGAGUUAAAUUUGAUCCUUUCCAGUUCGUUCAAAGCACAUCUAAACACACUAUAUCGUACUAGUAUUGCCCAAUUUACCACUGAGUUCGUAAAUGAUGUAUUAAAAAAACUGUGUGAAAAUUUUCAGACAUUAGCUUCGAAUCAUGGAAAAAUGCUGUUUCUCCAAGUAAGCAGGUGUGCCCAUAUAAUAUGGCUCUCCGUGAAUCUUUUAAAAUUUUUUGAUGAUGAUGAUCAAAUUUUCGACAGAAAACAAGCCUCUCAGUGGGUACAGAUUUUAGACAGAUGGCUUGAAGCACAAAAACCAUCCACCAAUCAAACAGAAAGGUUUUCAAUGGCUAAACUUACUGGAUUAAUGUUUACUACAUUUGUUUUAAAAAAUAAAAUUAUCAGGCUCACUGAAAAGUUUUAA